GCGCAUAUUUUGUCGAUGGAGAAGAGAAACCGGGCGGAUUUUCAGAUCGGGAAACUUUCACGUACUUUGCGCGUAAUUAGUGCGGUGUGAAACGCGCGUUAAUUUGUUACCCUGUUGAUGAUGGCUUCAGACUUUUAACUCGAUUGUAGCAGCCAAAAUGACAUGACUUCUUCAUCGACGCUCGAAACAUCAUGUGGCCCACUUUGUCUGCAAUCUACCUAUUUUUGACUGGGAUUCCCUUGAUAAUUUCCAAUGACCGAAGCAGUUCGGAGAACUUUAAGGCCACUGAAACCGGACUUCUGGGCGGAUUUGAAGGCUUUUCUGAAACACGUUCGAAUGCUAAUCUUUCGGGGCCCAUUUCGGACGACAAUUGUGCCAAGUCGGUGGGAAAGUGUGCUUUAAGUGUUGCUUCUCUUACCCCAACUGAACCAUUUAGAGCUGCGAGUGAUGAAACCUUCACACCGUCCUCCCAUUCGAUCAUAGGCGAAUCUAUUAAUGCCUCUGAAGCAUCAGCAAGCAAUGCAGCAAUCCAUAUGGCAACGACAGCAGCACAAGAACCAGCUUUACAGCUAAAUCUUGCAAACAAGUUUUUGGUUCAGCCGGAAGUUCUUGCAGGAAAAAUUUCACUGCUUAAGAAGGAAAUCGUAAGAAACGUGGACAACUAUCGUAGUGAAACGAGCACCCGUGAAACCGAAAAAUUAAUCGAUGACGUAUUGCCGAGUAAAGCUCCUUCCAUUCCACCACUUCUGUCCGUUAAAGCGGCAGGAGUUGCAGAUAAUUGCACAAAAAGCAGCUCCACCACUGAAACCAUGGAUGGCUUCUCAACAACUUCGUUCUCAGCCUCAACUUCCACCGAUCUGAUUACACCAAACUAUGAAAUUUCGCAGGAAAGUUCUCUUGCUGCUACAACUUUCGCCAUGGCCAUUCUGAAUGAGUCAACAGGAAAUGGGAGCAUUAAUAAG